UGGUGUUUGAUCAUUCCUCAAGUCCAACCUCUUUGUCCAACUGACAUGGCUCAGACAACAACUCAGGGACAGCCUCAAGCCAAAGCCAUGGGUCUGCUUGGUGCCAUCAACCCUUCCUGGGAGGAGAUAGACUACAAUCAGCUCCACGUCAAGGUCAAAAUCAUCGCAUCUUCCUUCUUCUUCUUUGCCUUCAUCUACCUUCUGUGCCACGUCUUGUCUUCCCUUCUUAAGACGUACAAUGGUCUGCGUCUCAAGGAAAAGAUCUUCUGGAACCUUGCCAUCGUGCGGGCUACGUUCGGCGUCUUCUGUACCGUGGUCGGGAUCUGGGCGCUGUGGUGGGACCAGGAGCUCAAGAGGGAUGUCGUGUUUGCCACCACGCCGACGAGUUUCUUCGCCAUCUGCACCACGAUCGGUUUCUUCCUGUUCGAGUGCUCGACCCUCCUUUUGUCAGACAUCAUCUUCCGCAAGGUCAGCAUCCUCCUUAACCUCCACCACUGGCUCUCCCUGGUGGGAUACUCCCUCAUCCUCUGGGUCGGCAGCACCCACUACUUCGCCACCAACGGGCUCAUCCUGGAGAUGAGCACGCCGUUCUCCGCGCUGUGCUGGGUCCUCCUGAAGUGCGGACUGGCGGACACGACCGCCUGGUGGUUCAACCAGUGCGUACUGGUCCACACCUUCCACCUCCGAUCCGUUCUUGAAGCGUUCUUUUGGAUGGAGACUUACCGGCACUGGGACCACAUCUGGGCCGACAUGCCCGCGUCCAUGUUCGUGUCGUUCUACACCGAGCUGACUCUCGUGUCCUUCGUCAUGACCCCGUACUGGACCUACAAGAAGUCCGCGCAGCUCUUCAACCCCGUCGACUGGAACUUCAUGGACGCCGAGAAAACCAAAACGACCAACGGAGCGGCAAAGAAGAAGGACUAAAACAGAUUUUGCUGCCUGGAAUUAAUCUCCAAGCAGACCUUACGGUAGCAUAAGAUAGUAUCAAAAGCUGACAGAGGAGUGAAGCUGGCCUAGGUGCCAGACUUGUUUGAAAGUGAUUUCAUGAUUAGUUUUUCUAUAUGCCUUUUUAAUUUCUGCUUUGUGUUGUAUGUUCCAUUGUAAAUGUUUCCCCUUAGAAAUUGACACAGUCUGUCUGUUGAAAAGGGGGCUUCCCAGAUGUUUCAAAGAUUAAAUGAUAAGCUUAUAUUUUCACACAGUUUAAUAAUAUGAGGCCAAAUUAUCAAAAGCCAUGUGCGAUGCAUUUUUGAUACAAUACCCAUGAUUAAGGUGAGGCCUUCACUAGAUAAGCAAUUUUUAUGAAAUGAAAGUACUAAUGACUACAUUUUGUGUACUACUA